AUGUUACUCCUUUUAAUCUUGAUGGGGCUUUCGGUGGAACCAGAAAUACAAGGUAAAAUUUUGAAAAUGUAUUGAAUUUCUCAUACAUUAUCGUGAAGUAUUCCGCUUUAUUUUUGUUGUUUUACUUAUAGACCUUGUUUUCGUUUCUUAUAUUUUUUGAAAUAAUAUCUGUCAAACAAACUAUGGCUGUAACCUGUAGCGACCUGCUAAAUAUGAUAUGCACCAGUUCAGCUGGCCUUGUUGGGGAAAAUAUGAUAAUAUAAGUUUCGACAGUUUAUUGUCAUACAUCUUAAGGAAAAUGGCUUAGGGCGUAACCAUCCCGUGGUGCCUUUAGACAAGGCAAGGUGGCUGGUAAGAUACUAGAAGUGCAAAUUAACUGAGUUGAAGGACAUCAGCCUUCAGCCAAGAGGAAUAUAGUUUAUCUCUUGAUGGAGAAAACUUUUUAAAAUGACUGAGAAAGAAAAAUAUAUAAACGAAAAGUAAUAUAGUUAAAAAGUUGAAAGACUGCUGAAUAUAUUUUCUCCGUCUUCGCCCUUAAUCGCAUCUGCAGCAUCUGAGAAGAUAUUAGGGACCUAGCUUUUAGAUUGGACUUGGAGUACGAGAGUAAAUAUGUUGAGAAAAAUCGAGUCACUUAGGGGCAUUCCGAGGUAUACCACUCGAAAGCACCACAGAACUACUCUCUGUGGUGUAUGAUGUUGGAUAUGACAUUCGCCAGUUUAGAAACGAGAAGGGAACUGGAGACGAAAGGCAUCCCGCAAUUGUUUCUGGGAUCGCUUCUGGGGACUCGAUGGUCAGCUACUGUCCUUAGUAACAGUCCCGGAAGUCUUUGAGAAAGUUAACUCGACCCAGAUUUCCUCUUGUUUCUUAAGUGGCCAAUAGGUAAGACUUGUACGUACGGUUGCUAAGCGACUGUAUACUGAUCAUUUCAAGCAGUGUUAAUAAUAGGCAAUCCUUGGACAGCAAAGUAACAUCGCAGUAAAGUAUAUUAAACAUAAUAGUUUUAGAUGAACUGUUAUCCGUACGUAAUUCAAGACGCCCGAAGGAAAAACCUGAAACAAGGUUAGAUAAAGAGUGAAUUUAAACAACUCCUUUCCUUUUUAGCAACAGCACAUCAAAGGAAAGAAAGAGACAUCCUGGAGUUUUUCAUGAAGGCUGGGGAAAAUGCAAUAAAGGCCAUUUCAGGUCUGAUUCCAGGAGGAAAACCUAAAUCUCAAAUGGCCACGCAACCCAAGGGACCUAAAAUACCACUGAACACAAUCAAUGAAGACUCAAUCAAACCUGUUAUACCGUAUAAACGAGAUGGAAUAGUGAAAUUG